AUGAAGACCAUCGUCAGUGAGCCCAAAGUCAGGAAGUUUCAAACCGUCCAGAGCAGUUUUAAUAAGAUAAAAACCAAAGCACCUCCUCUGCUCCAGCUGCUGUCAGUCGUCCUGCUCCUCCUGGCUCCGCUGUUGACCAGCUGCUCGCCUCUCGUCCUCCCGCUGGACUGCAGCGACAUCUAUAAUCAAGACAACGGCCGACCCAGCGGAGUGUACACCAUCUAUCCCAUCGGAGCCACGUCUGCUGUCCAGGUCUACUGUGACAUGAAUUCAGAGGGAGGACGGUGGACGGUGUUCCAGAGGAGGAUGGACGGCUCGCUGAACUUCUACAGGCCCUGGGAUCAGUACAGGACGGGUUUCGGUAACGCUGCUGGAGAGUACUGGCUCGGUCUUGAGAAUGUCUUCCACCUGACUCUGAGGAAAAAGUACGAGCUGCUGGUCGACAUGGAGGACUUCAGCGGAAACAAAGCCUUCGCUCGAUACUCCUUGUUCUCCAUCGACCCGGAGUCCUACGGAUACAAACUGCACGUGUCCGGAUUCACUGAUGGGGGGGCGGGAGACUCCCUGACUUAUUUCAACGGACAGAUGUUCACCACUUUCGACAAAGACCAGGACUCUAGUAACGACAACUGUGCCAGAAAAUACCUGGGGGCCUUCUGGUACAACAACUGUCACACCGCGAACCCCAACGGUGUCUAUCGCUGGGGGGCUUACAGCGUUGUAAACUACGUUGGAGUGGAGUGGCAGGCCUGGAAGGGGGGCGACUACUCCCUGAAGGCCUUCAGCAUGAAGAUCCGUCCUGUGCAGUAA